AGCCCUCAGGGGGAAAGACACUAAUGCCACGAUGAACAGUAAGUCAGAAGCCGAUGUGUUAAACACACAAAAUGAUUUCAAAAGCUUCUAAAAUAUUGAUCAGAAUGAAGACUUAGCUCAUGAAUAUUAAUGAGCACGCGUUCCUCGCCACCGGUUGGCUCGGGUCGGUUACGCCCCGCCCACCCCGCGCUACACCUGCGAUCAGAGUCUGUACCUGAGCGCGCAUAGAGAGAGAGAGAAAUAGAAAGAGAUCGUUAGAACAGAAGAGAAGAGAAGAGAAGAGAAGAGGGCAGAAUGUGAACGAAGCAUGUGCGGCGAUGGAUUCCUCUUUACUGAUCGCUCUGUGUUUGCUCUGGACGAGAACAUCAGGGUCAUUUGUUGAGGGACCGCCUGAGCCUCGUAAUGUCCACUUCUACUCAGAGAACCUGAGGAACAUUGUGAGGUGGACACCAGGAGAAGGAUCUCCCAAUAACACCGUCUACACUGUGGAGUACGCCAUAUACGGUGAUGAGGAGGAGAGCGGCUCUGGGCAGGUGAAGUGGAGGAGUGUGGAGCACUGCACCUCCAUCACACAGAACGAGUGUGACGUGUCUCAGGAGACCUUUGACCUGGACGAGGAAUACUAUGCCAGAGUCAGGGCGGUCAGCACAGACACACAGUCUGCCUGGACCGAGAUCACGAGCCGCUUCAGCCCCGAGCUCCACACGAUCGUCGGCGCGCCGCUGCUGGAGCUGAGCGUGCUGAAGAACUACAUAGACGUCACCAUCAAGGGGCCCUUCAGAUGGAGAACCAAGAAGACGAAGAAAGAGAAGUCACUCUUGAAGAUCUUCCCGCACAUGAUCUAUAACGUCUCUGUGUUCAACGGCAGGAGCGGUCACACGAACUACAGGCGUCUUAAAAACGGGAACCUGACGCUGGGCCCUCUGGACUUUUCCACGCAGUUGUGUGUGAUUGUUCAGGCCCAAUCGGAGUCUCGGCCUCUGGCCUACAAACCCAGCAAGCGGCUGUGUGUCGAGACGCCUCGAGAUCCGUUCAGAGACCAGCUGCUGGCUUCUCUGCUGGGCGGCGUGCUGCCGUCUGCUCUCUGUCUGUGUGUCCUCGCUGUGCUCGGGGGUCUCGUCCACUGCUACAUCACUGACCACAGGCAGAGACUGCCCAAGAGCACGCACAUGGUUGGCUUGAGUGGAAAACAACACACUUUCCAGCCUCAAGUGCCUCACACUGUCAUCUUCAACGUGAUGAAGUUUGGAGAUGAACCGAUGGCUGUGCCACAGCUGAUGUCCAGUGAGGACCGGUCAACGCUGGACGAACAGGUUCAGGCUCAGAGCACUGAUCAACAACCGCUGGUGUGUUACACACUUCAGCACGCUCCACCGCCGCUAGCUGACCCACCGGACACAGACUCGGUCAGUGUGCACUCGGACCCGCCGGACACCAACUCGGUCAGUGUGCACUCGGACCCACCGGACACCGACUCGGUCAGUGUGCACUCGGACCCACCGGACACCGACUCGGUCAGUGUGCACUCGGAGGCGCAGCACAGUGAGGCUGUAGAUUAUGGCAUCGUGCUGCCGGCUGCUUUCGCAGCUCCGUACAGGACACAAGUACACACUGUUCCUCCUGUGGACGAGCCACAUGAUGAAGACCAAGCACAGAUAUUCCUGGACUGGAGCCCGGAGACUCAGGAGCUGAAGAUCCCUCUAAUGGGCUUGUUAGGUCUGGAGGAUGAUCAGCUGCAGACUGAAGCGGUCACUCUGCUGCCUAACAUCAUCCUGAGACAAACCUCGGGGGAGAGCUACGAGUCCGAAGACGACUUCACCAAGAUGGAGCGAGACUGGGGCCUGGUCAUCUCCAGCCCAGACUGACAGAGGAACAAUGCUCUGCUUCAGACUCUGCACACAAUAUGAAGAUAUACACUUGAUGCUUACCUUGCCUAGUGUGUUCAGUUUUAAGGUUUACAGAUGAAACAUUAUAAUGAAGGAUUUUCAGUGGACUUUGUUUUCUGCUUCCAACAUGAGACUCCAUGAACAAAGCUCAGUUCUUUAGCUGCUGUAUUCAAUUACUGUUAAUCACGGCCAACCAUUUUCCCCAAACACGUGCACAUCCUGAAAGCUGUUCAAGGGAAAUAAACUUGGUUUCAUGGGCACUCCCUUCUGAAAGCAAUUUUUUAGCCAAUCACCUGAGCUGGAAAAGACCUGGCAACAUCCAUUAAUCAGCUCUAAAGAAAGCCCUUUAGAAAUGUGCUAAAACAUGUAGUAUAUUAUUAUAUAAUAAUGUGUGUGUGUGAUGUUCCUGGUGCAGAAGCCAGAUUUCAUCUGAAGGGAAAGCUGAUACUUAGAGUUUGUUCAGCAUAUUUUCUGAAAAAAACUUUGAAAAUAUUAUUAUUAUUAUUUUUUUUAAAUAGAGAAGUGGACAAAUAAACUAUGCUUUAUGAAUGUUAGAAACAUUAUGACAGUAUGACAUCUAAAGAACAGUAUGACGUGUGUGUGUGUGUGUGUGUGCUUAAUAAUGCAAAGAAAUUGAAUUGUAUUGAUGGAAAUCAUGUUUUAUAUUGUAUUCUAUUUUAUAUAUCUUGUACUUAAAUACCAAUUGAAAUGUUUUUAUUGAAAUAUAUGUGUAUUUAUAAAAACAUGUUUAUUGUAAAAUUUGAUGAACAUGCAGAUUAAUAAAGGGACU